AUGCAGGAGAUGGACCCGGGCUGGGACGCGUUUCGCUCCCAGAAGCGUGCCGCCGGCUACACGGCCCCUUAUGCGCCAUGGAUGGUGACGGCGCUUCAGACAGUCAAGCUCGCCAUCUUCAUCCUGCUCCAUGCCCUGCUCGUCGUCGGGACAGCCUGCUCGAAGGCCGUCGUCAUUCUGCUCGCCACCAACUUUGAUGGUCCGCCAGCGCAUGCUGUAGGGACUGAGUUUACGAAGAAGUGCCCGGUUGAUGCUACGCGCACGGAAAAACAACACGCGGCCAUCUACCUGACGCUACUCUUCAUACAAAUCGACCCGGACCUCUGCGCGAUCAUCCAGUCCAUCUUCCGGCUCAUCACAGAGGGCCGCGGUACUGGUGGACUCAACAUUACGGUAAUAAUCCUGGAAUGCUGUCGGGCUGCCGGACUAUCCACGAUGUUCUUCCUCGUCUUCCCGAAGUUGGACAUGACCCGCGCGCUGCUUUUGCUAUCAUGCCUUCCGCUUAUCCCUGUGGCACAACGCAUGGUGGCCAAAAUGUCGCGCUCGCUGCGCCGGGAUAGCACGCUUGUGAGGCGAAUGGGUCUGACGCUAAUGUCCCUGCCAACAUGUAUCGUCUUCCUCACCUUGCUGACCGGCUGUUACUGGUGGUCGAUUUUGGAGACGCCGUUUGAUAACUACGUAACGUUGCCGUUGGCCAUCGUUCUCUCUUCGCUUGGCUUUUGGGAAGCUUGGAUCACCACCGGACAUGCUGGCACCUUCUUCCACCACCUCUACCAAUUGAAAUACGGCAUCCGCAAGCUGAACUCGCCGACUCGACUAAUCGCCUCCAGUUUGCGGACCAUCAUCACGCUUUCCGUCUUCGCCGUCGCUGCUCAGCGUGGCGGCGUUGUCUUCUCCGACAUGCUCGAUCUCGUGCUCCAUUGGGGAUCUGGUGAAGCGCAACACGUUCUCUCCAUCUCGCUAUCGAUCUGUGCCCUUCAUCUACUAGUCCGAAUGUGCGCCCGGCUGCUGGCGGGCUUGGAGCUCCGCACGUUGCCCAUCUUCCAUCCGCUCUUCUUGACGGCUCCGUUGCUGCUCACCGCAAUCGUCAUCACGUGCCACAUUUCUCCGGAUUGCAGCUUUGCUCGUACCUUGGCCAGCUACGGCCUCUCAAUUCGAUGCUCGCAGUGGAGCAGCGACCCGAAGCCGUUCAGCGAUCUCUACAUCGCCGUCAUCUGGUUGAUCAUCUCCAUGUACAAGGCAUACGAGCUGGCCAGCCAGCCGACCUUCGAGAAACAAGAUGAAAUCAUACGCUCUUCGCCAGCUUUCCUGAACGGACUAUGCGUGGAGCAAAGUCUGCUCGUCUUCGAGUUUGCACUGGCCCGAGAUGAAUCCAAGCAAAUGAAGCUCGACUUUGACUCGAUCUUUGACGAGAGCUCGGAGAGGCCAAGCUCCAUGCGAUAUGAGGCUGAUAAGAUGGCGAACGUGUACAUCUGCGCGACAAUGUGGCACGAAACCGACAACGAGAUGCGGCAGAUGUUUAGCAGUAUCCUGAAGCUCGACGAGGAGCAAGCGCAACUGGCCGCAAAGAAGGCUGGCACAACGGCUGGAGGCGAUGCACAGAAGUUCCGACUGGAAGCCCAUAUCUUCUUCGACGACGCCUGGGAGGAUCAACCCGAAUUUGGGCGUGCCCCCAACGAUUUCUUCCGCACCUUCUUCCAGCUGAUGAACACGAUGAUCCAUGGCAAAGAAGACGCAACCAACGGCGACCCAACAAAAAUCCUCGUCAGCACGGCCUAUGGUGGGCGGCUGGUCGUUCGACUCCCUGCCGGCACGCUGCUUUUUGUGCAUCUGAAGGACAAGAAAUUGAUUCGUCACAAGAAGCGUUGGAGUCAGGUGAUGUACAUGUACUACCUACUUGGCCAUCGCAUCAUGGAAUCGCACAUGUCCAUCGAGGAUAAGCAGCUCAUCGCCGAGAACACCUACAUCCUAGCCAUUGACGGAGAUUCCAAGUUUGAACCGGAGGCGUUUUUGAGGUUACUCAAUCUGAUGAGUGCCAAAUCGGACAUUGGUUGCGCGUGUGGUCGGAUCCAUCCGAUUGGCCGAGGGAUCAUGGUCGCCUACCAAAAGUUCGAAUACGCCAUCGCCCAUUGGUUCCAGAAAGCCGCCGAGCACGUGUUUGGCUGUGUGCUCUGCGCGCCCGGAUGCUUCUCACUGUUCCGCGCCUCCGCUCUGAUGGACGACAACGUGAUGCACAAGUACACGACGACGGCCGUCGAACCCCGGCAUUUUGUUCAGUACGAUCAAGGAGAGGACCGCUGGCUGUCGACAUUGUUGCUCAAGCAGGGUUAUCGUAUCGAGUAUGCCGCCGCCUCGGACGCCGAAACAUAUGCACCGGAGGGCUUUGACGAAUUCUUCAACCAACGCCGUCGCUGGACACCUUCAUCCGUGGCCAACACCAUCGAUCUGCUGGCCGAUUAUAAGCGAGCCUGCGCGAACAACGCCUGCAUCUCUCGCCUCUACAUCCUUUACCAGUUCGGCGUUAUCGGAUUCUCGAUGCUCGGCCCGGCCAUCAUCUUUUCCAUGUUGGUCUAUGCCCAGGUGGCCGCCUUCCACGUGCCGAUGGAUCGAAUCAUGCUGUACAACGCCGUCCCCAUCGGCGGCUUCAUCGCCUCGUGUUUCCUGAUGGAGAGCAGCGUGCAGCUGUUCCUGGCCAAGAUUCUAUCCGUAUGCUACGCCUUCGUGAUGUUGGCCGUCAUCGUCGCGACGAGUAGUCAGAUUGUGCUGGAAACCAUGUUUUCCCCUACUUCAAUGUUCGUGGUCGGAAUGAUUGGAAUCUUCUUCGUCGCUGCCUGCUUACAUCCUCGCGAAUUCACGAACAUCCUUUAUGGAACGAUCUUUUUCCUGAUGAUUCCGUCAACGUAUGUGGUGCUGUCCUUCUAUUCUCUCAUCAAUCUCAACGUCAUCAACUGGGGAACACGAGAAGCUGUGGCGAAGGCGACUGGAAAGGAAGUAAAGAAGGCCUCGGCCGUCGACAAAUUCUUCGACAAGCUGGCCGGUGGACCGUUGGGGCGUCUCUUCAAACGCGACGGCCCCGAAGAAUCGAAACGGAUGGAGGAGCUCGAGAAGCGGCUGGAGGAGAUCCACGUCGCGCUCAACAAGGAGCCGAAUGGAAACAACGAAGGCGAGUCGACGAAGCCAGAAAGCGAGCUGAAGGAUCUGUCUUUGAGCGAUUCUGAGGACAGUGACGACGGCUCGGAUAUGGAAGUCCGAACGUCGACGCGUGAUUUGUGGAUGGAUGCCGAAUACUUGCAGACCUGCGAAAAGGGACGGCUGAAGGCCAGCGAACAGCAAUUCUGGGAUCAGCUAAUCGACACUUACUUGAAGCCUCUCCAAACGACAGCCGCCGAGACGUUGGCACAUGCGGAUGCGUUGCGUGAGCUCCGGAACCACAUCGCCUUCUCGCUGAUCCUGCUGAACGCGUUGAUGGUGCUGGCCAUCUACUUGACGCAGAGCCACAAGGAUGUGCUCGCCUUUUCCUGGAUGCCACAUGAAAACUUCACGCAGUACCGCUGGAACGGGACGGUGCAAGAAUGGACCAUGGAACCUGUGCCGUUGAAGGUCGAGCUGCUCGGCCUGACAAUCAUCUUUGCACUUUUCGGCAUCCUUGUCGUGCAGACGAUCGGAUUGUUCUUCCAUCGGCUGAACACUAUGGUCGGCGCCUUCCAAGAAAUCAAGGCGAUGGGCGACUUUGUGUCGACGACGACAGGGAAGAAGGCUGAUGACGACGAUGUGCUAGAAGCUGCCCGUUCCCUACUCGCCACGUCGGACUACUGGCGUGCCCAUGGAGGGGCCGGCUACACGCGAGAAGCGGGCGCCGGACGCGACGCCGUUCUCCACAAGCUGCAACGGGCCCGUUUCGCCAGCGCCGUCCGCAACCACGACACGCAGCGAAAAGCU